AUGAAGUCUUUCGCUACCAUCAUUGGCGCUGCCCUCGCCGCCACUGGCGCUUUUGCCCAGCAGGCCGUUGUCAAGAACAACUGCCAGACCAACAUUUACGUCCAGUCUUAUCCCUUUGACGGCAGCGCAACCGGCCCUCUGACCACUGUGACUCCUGGUCAAUCCUUUUCCGAGGACUUUAAGACUGCCGGAUCGACUGUAAAGAUCGCCAAGACUAAGACUCUUGACGGUCCGCUCUUCUUUGGCUACUCCUUCUCCACUGGCCCAGACUAUGCAUACUACGAGCUCAGCACUGAAUGGGGCAACCCCUUUGCCGAUGCUCACAACACCCUGACCCCCGGCGACGGAUGCCAGAUCUUUGACUGCGCCGCCGGCGAUGCCGCUUGCUACAGCACGCCCGCCUCCAAGAAGGUCUACGGCUGCCCCCAGCCCGUCAACCUCGAGGCCACCCUCUGCGCUUAA